UAAAAGUUUCACCUAAACUUCGUAUAUGGCAGCUGGCGAUUCAACCCCAACUUGAAGAAUAUUCCAAGACAAAUUCAGAUAUUCGGUGAUUGAUCUCAGAAUUAACGUCUCUUCGUGUCAUCACCACUUUGAAUCAAAACCCUUUUUCAAAAAUUCCAUACCCAUCUACUCAAUUCCAAAAAUCGUACUGUACUUUUUUAUCUGUUCCAUAGAUUGCCGGUGAUCCAAUUCUAAAAGCACCACACUUUUCUUCAGAAAAAGCAAAACCGACAGUGUGUCUUCACGAUUUGGCUUUGAGUUUUCCUCGAGAACACGCAAGCAAAUAGAACUGAACCAAGUUCCACGUCAAUCUCAAGUUUACUUCCGUUGAUUCGUAGGCAUAUUAAAGUUUUUGGGUUUGGGUUUUUCAGAGAAGGGGGAGAUGCAGACGGAAGCGAGGGUGGGGGUGGGAGUGGAAGGAGGUGGAGGGCAGAGAGUUUUGAAUUCGGCGCAUGGAGGAGUUGUGGUGGAAGGCGGUGGUGCUGGGAAUGUGUUGGCGGCUCAUAAGCAGAGGAUGUUGCAUAAUCAGCAAUCGCAGAUCGGAACGGUGUCUCAGCUUCUCGCCGGCGGUGUUGCGGGGGCUGUUAGUAAGACAUGUACUGCUCCGCUUGCUCGGCUCACCAUCCUGUUUCAGGUACAAGGAAUGCACUCUGAUGUUGCUACUUUAAGAAAGGCUAGCAUAUGGCAUGAGGCAUCAAGAAUUAUCAGUGAAGAAGGUUUCUGGGCUUUCUGGAAAGGGAAUCUAGUUACAAUUGCUCACCGUCUUCCUUAUUCUUCUAUCAGCUUUUAUGCUUUUGAACGCUAUAAGCAUCUACUAUGGUUGAUGUUGGGAGUGCAAAAUCAAGGGGAAAAUGUAAGUGCAGACCUUUGUGCACGGCUUGUAGGUGGUGGUUUGGCUGGAAUAACUGCAGCUUCAAUUACAUAUCCAUUGGACCUUGUAAGGACACGCCUUGCAGCUCAGACAAAUAUCAUCUACUAUAGAGGUAUAUGGCAUGCUCUACGGACCAUUAGCAGGGAAGAGGGUGUCUGGGGUCUCUAUAAAGGACUUGAUGCAACACUUUUGGGUGUUGGACCAAACUUAGCAAUCAGCUUUUCAGUUUAUGACACUGUAAAAUCUUAUUGGCAGUUUCAGAGACCCGAUGACUCUCCUAUCCUGGUCAGCCUUGCUUGUGGUAGUCUUUCAGGCAUUGCAUCAUCAACAGAGAAGCAGGUUGAGGUGCAGGCAUUGCACUAAGUACCUAACCAGAUUGACCCCUAGAGCUACAGAGCCAGACAAGUUUAUCUGGCAUUUGAGAGUGUUAGUAAGGAUAUCAACAAAUCAUACAUUUUACGUCUUUUUCAUUUCCAAGCUAACUGCAUAUUUUGAGGUAAGAAUAUUGGUAGGAUACCUAUAGCCUCCUAAACUUCUUGGAUAACUUGGCUCUGCAAACAUUGCAGUUGUUUCCAUUAUAGGGCAGCUGUUCUCAGGUGAGCCAACUCUGUUAUGCACUUAACAAAAGUGAGAGGUGUCCUCUUUGAGUAACGUUCCCGUUGGAUCUAGUGAGGCGACGGAUGCAAUUGGAAGGAGCGGGUGGCCGUGCCUGUGUCUAUAAGUCAGGGCUUUUUGGUACAUUUAGGCACAUAAUCCGAACUGAAGGACUGCGAGGUUUGUACAGAGGGAUUCUGCCUGAAUACUACAAGGUGGUGCCAAGCAUUGGUAUUGUUUUCAUGACUUAUGAGAAAUUGAAGCUGCUUUUAUCAAAUUAUCCUGCCAAUUGAGUAGCUUCUUUUUUGAGAAAAAGAUGGAUGGUAUUGAGUUAAGUUGUUGGUCGAAAGGCGGCCUAUCUGGUACAAUUUGUUCAAGUAAUUUUGGAAACCAUAUUUUUGUGUAUGUAUAUUAUACGAAAAGAUGCCCACAGUUAAUUGCAUCUCAAAUGUACGAAAAACAUUUCACUCCUAAAA